UCUUUUGAAGGAUUGAUCACUUCUUACAUAAAAAUUUUCAUGUUCUUUCAUUCAGAAAAUCCCGAAAUGGCGAUCCUACAAAAGCUGAGACGGUCUUUAUCAAGUGAAAAAAGAUCAGCCGAGGUUCCGAAGGGGCACUUAGCAGUAUACAUUGGCGAGACAAGCAAAAAGAAGCGAUAUGUUGUUCCGGUGUCUUAUUUGAAGGAUCCUAUGUUUCAAGCGUUGCUGUCUCAAGCUGAGGAGGAAUUCGGGUUCUAUCAUCCAAUGGGAGGCCUAACCAUUCCCUGCAGCGAGAAUUUAUUUGUUGAUCUCACGUCCCACUUGAGGAAGGAAUAGAAUGCAUACAUGUACUUGUCAAGAUAGAUAGGAAGAUAGAAUAAGGAGAAGAUUUUUGUAUUGUUUUCUGGAAAUAUAUACGUUCGUUAAUAGAUUGUGGGUUUAGGAUUUAAUUCAUAAUCCAAUUGUUAAUGGAAUAUAUUUAGUAAGUGCGAGCCUCUUAUAUGCAGAAACUCGUAAGUUAUUAAUUUGA